AAGUGUGGCUAUACUGCACGUACUAUGUCUGUAUCCCUUCUGUUUGCUUUCUUGUGCCCACAGACGGUAGUAAUAGUAAAUUUUGUUAUUGUAUUGUUCGUAACAGUGUCUCUCUCAAACACACUCUCACUGUGUGUGUGUGUGUGUGCGUGCGUGCGUGCGCGCGCGUCCGAGCGUCCUGACUCGUUCAUUGGUGCGCUGAUUGGACGUGUCAUAACUUUUGGUGGAUUACCCCAGUUUUGCUCUGCCUCUGGCACAAACCAUCCUCCAGUCAGCCGCGCGUCACAGUCAUCCUUCAGCGACAGCAUCACCUAUUCUUGCGCUUACUUUUUUUUUUUUCUUUAAAAAAAAAAAAAAAAAAAAAAAAGCCCAAUUCUUGUGAAUGCUAAAGGACAGGACUUGAAGUUUAAAAACCACCACCACCACAAAGAAAAACAAAACAAACAUGUGUUCAGCUUCGGCACCAAUCUCUUUUUUAUACCCAGCCGUGUGGGCAUGCCUGUGUGGUGAUGGGUGGCGCGGUGUUGUUCUCACUUCGCUCGUGCUGCUGAGCGCGCUCGUGCCCCAAGGCCUUGGAGCGGUGACUGGCUGCACGACAUGCGGCGCUCGACACAUGGACAAGGGCUCGGAGGAGCGGUUCCUCAUCGAACUGGCCAAACAGCAGAUUCUGAGCAAACUUCACCUGCGGGAGAGACCCAACAUCACGCAGACGCUGCCGCGCGCCGCGCUCGCCACUGCUCUGCGCAAACUGCACGCGGGACGCGUCCGAGCGGACGGCACAGUGGAGCUGGAGAACAACCUGGCGAGCGCACAGCACACAGACCAGGCGUACGAGAUCGUCAGUUUUGCAAAUAUAGAUGAUGUGGAUUCCAGCUCCAUCUUGUCAUUCCAGUUUCUGCAGGAGCAAGGUCGAAGCAUACAGGUGCUGCAGUCCUCCCUAUGGGUGUUUGUGCACCCGACCAACAGUCCCCUCCCGGCUGGCCGUGUCUCUGCCCAGGUGUACUUGUCAGAAACAAACAGUGGCAACCGCACCCUCCUGAUCCAACGCAGCAUUGAGGUAGUAAGGGGUGGGUGGCAGACCUUUCCGAUCACCCGCACCAUGCAGGCCUUUUUGGAUGGUAGGCAGCAGCGCCUGCAGCUGGAAGUGCACUGUGAAGUGGGAGACCAAAACCUGUGCAGCCAGAGUGGUGCUGAUCCAUCCCAGAGGUCCUACUUGGUGGCACAGGUUCAGCUCCGUGAUGACGACCCCAAGCAUACAGUUAGCAAGCGCUCUCUGAGCUGCGGUGAUGACGUCAGCGUCUGCUGCAAGAAGGACUUCUAUAUCAAGUUCCAGGAUAUCCAGUGGCAGGACUGGAUCAUCGCACCAGAGGGCUACCACAUGAACUAUUGUAUGGGCCAGUGCCCGCAGCACCUGGCUGGCUCACCAGGCAUCGCUUCCUCCUUCCAUGCCACAGUGUUCAGCCAGCUGAAGGCCAAUGGCAUUCACACGGCUGUUUCAUCCUGCUGCGUUCCCAUCCAGAGACGUCCACUCUCCAUGGUCUAUUUUAACUCGCAGCACAGCAUUGUGAAGACUGAUGUGCCUGAUAUGAUCGUGGAGUCCUGUGGGUGCACGUAAACAAAUAAGGAUUGUUAGAAUCAAGUUCACGUUGCAGAAAGGCACUUUUACCAUGAAGGUUUCUGAGAUAUCGUGUGAGAUUAUAAAUACACAUUCAAAUACCCAGGGAGGGAAACAUUACAUGCAGUAAGAAUAUAAAGCAAUCCAGUUGAACAGAGUUUAUAACCAAGCCGCUUUAGUAUAUCAUCUCUUCGUUACCCCUGUAAGAUAUUUAUAGCAUAAAUAUAUAAAUGCAGAACAGCUGAAUUGACACCUCUAUAGCAAUUAUUGGGAGGCUCCAAGACUUUUCACUGUACUGUUUGAUUAGUUUUCAUCUGAGGCCACUGGCCUGACCUCUGCCUGGUUACCCAAUGAGAUGGGUAAACAUUUAAUUAUUGCCACAUUCUGAAAUGAAGGUCUAAGUAUACAAUAUGGUAAAUGUGACACACUGAUGUCUGCUUGCUGAUGGAUUGAGAAGCUUAGAUAUAAAUUAGAUUAUGUCUAAAUCUGCAUAUCUAGUAAAAACAUGACAUGUUUUACCAAAGUUCUCAAAGCUUUUUAGGUACUGUUUUGGUUACGUUAAGCAUUAGCAAAUGAUGUGUGUGUGUGUGUGUGUGUGUGUGUGUGUGUGUGUGUGUGUGUGUGUGUGUGUGCUAGAGGUGUUUUAUUCAAGUAUAUUAACUUAAGACUUAUUCUUUAGUCAUGUUAUUUUGUUUAGAUAUUGUUUAUAUUUUUAGAUUUUGUUUGUUUUUUUGCAAACAUUUUGAAAUUAUGCUCAAAUCCUAUGCAGAAACUUUUCAACAACCUUGAAAGACAAAGAGCUCACUUAUGUAAGGUUUGCAAAAAGUUAUCAUUUCAUUGAUUUUUAAAGCACUUCCUGUCCCAAAACAUUUUUAUCAUGGGGAUGUUUCAGGGUUAGGGCAUCAUCAUUUGCUUCAUAUUCCAUGUUUACACUUCUCUUGAUUUCACCAUCAGGGCCACAUAAAAGAACAAAGUCUUUCUAAUGCUAGGCUUAUGUAACUUCUGCCUUUAUAACUUGCAUGUUUGACAGGAACACGUGUAGGUUUUCCAGGAAAGCUUUUUCAUGUUUGGGGGCUGCACUUUAUCUCUCAAAAUGCAAUAAUUUAAAUGCAUUUCUUUAUUUUAUUUUUUUCAAUCAUUCACAUGUGUAUAUUAUUUAGUUUUUCCAUUUUCAUUAGUACUGCUAAAUACACAGUAAGUUAUGUCUAAAUGGCAACACUGUAAGUUAAGUUCUCAGAAAAGUCAUUCAUUUUAAAUUUAAUUUAUAUAAUUUUGUAACAAUGUGCUAUUUUCUUAAAGUGUUAUAUUUUGAAAAUCUUGUAUAGUGUAAUUAUAUUGAUUUUUUUCUAUUUCAAAGAAAUAAAUAUUUACCUAUUAAAAGAAA